AUGGAGAAUUCUCGAGAACCUGCAAGUGACCAAUUUGGUAGCAUAGAUGACCACAUUGGUAGCAGUACGAAAAAGCACAAGAAAGAUAAGAAGAAGAAGAAGAAGAAGAAUAAGAGUAUGGGUGGAUCAGCAAGUGUUCUACAGAGAGAAUAUCAGAUUGCUGGUAUUCAAGAAAGCCCAGAAGAUGUCGGCGCGUCGGAACGAAAUCCAACUACUUCACCUACACCACCCUCGGAAUUGAGCGCGAAAAAGGAAAAGCGAAGACGACAAAAGUCAAAUCAGAACGCUUAUACUGGGGAUGCAGAUAGACAAGAGGCAAGUUCAGAGGCUUACCCAUCUGGGCAAGUUGACCAGCCAGAGCUUGAUACAGAAGAAUUGACUGAGUUGGGCAACACUAAACAAUUAAAAUCGCAACAAAAGCGCAAGCAUCGAAAGUCUCACCAAGAAGAAUCGCAGAAUAGCUACGAAGACUAUGUCUCAAAUGAGCCAGUUGACGCAGCACAAUUGGAAGAUACAGAACAUCAAGAACCUGAAGUCGAAAUGACAACCACCGAUUCGGCGUCGAAAAAGAAAAACCGCCGCAAGAACCACAGAUCCAGUACAUCACAUUCGGCACCACUAGGUGAAGAGGAAGUUCUCCGACAAGUAGAAACUAAGGCCGAAGAGGACUUGACCCAUGCAAGCGAAAGAUCGAAGAAAAAGAAAAAGUCAAAGUUGGAAAAGACAGUUGCAUCAGAAGUUGCUCAAGGGAAUGAGGAAGCUCGCGAUCGAAACCGGUUUCCAAUUUUAAUCGACGAUGUCCCUCUAGAAGAUGCUUUGAAUAAGCAUUUCGGAGACGAAUCUUACCUUUUGAAGUCGAGCAAGAGAGAUCAAUCACAAGAAAACAUUGAGGAAAAUGGUACUCAGGUGCUGGGCAAUAAUAGUCAUACUUCUGACAAAUCUAUACCCUCAAAGUCAAAGGCCAAAAAAUCUGUCGCUAAACCAAAGACUCCGAAAGUCAACCGAACGGAAGCUGGCGAUGCAAACUCGGCUGCCCUACUGAAUCAAUUCAUUUCUGCCGGCAAGAAUCGUCGCUUGGAAUCAGAACCAGUUGUUCCGUCUGCAAAGGCUCUUGGGAAGAGACCAGCUAUUGAUGAACAAGUUGAGCACCAAUCGAAGAAAAGAAAACAAAUUGAUCCAGAUCCCAGGAAUGGUGACAUUCGCUCCAUGUUUUCUGACGAUGCUCAACACGGAGGUUCCACGGUGACUGCAUCAAAAACCAAGCAAAAGAAAAGACAACCUGCAUCGAAUCUUGAGGUGGUUAUUUCAUCACCUGCUGUAAGAACAAGCCGUUCUGGGAAUGAAGAGAUGGCAGGCUGGACUGCUUCUGAUAAAAGAUCAUCAUCUGCUGGGAAAGCUCAAGACACCUCGGAUGAUAGUUCAGAGUAUGAGGAACAGUCAGUGGACACAUCAACCACUCGUCGAAAGCGGUAUUUGCCUGUCGAUGAGCCUUCUCUAGUGGCGAUGGAAACACCAAAAUCGGGCAAAAAACCAAAGCAAAAACAAGCACCAUCCGAAAAGUCGACCAACAAAAAAUCCGCCAAAGCCAAAAAAGAUCCUUCGGGCGGAGCUAAGCCAAAACGCAGCAAAAGUCAAUCUGUUACGAGACCAAGGAACGGGAAUGGAAGACUCAACGAAGACGAGACAAGGAGGAUCGCAGACGCCGUGGAGUUGUAUCGUGUCGACAAUGGCCUGGAACAGCAUGCUCUCAAUACCAUCAUUCAGAACAAUGCUCUCAUCGAUGGAAAGAAAUUUUGGGAUUUCAUGACAGAGGAAGUACCUGAUGUUGCCAAGCGAAACCUCCAAAGUUGGUGUAGGAGAAACUUUCACAACUAUGCAGCACGAGGUAUCUGGACUCCCGAGCAAGAUGAAGAAUUGAUGGAACUCUUCAAGACAAUGCCCAAAAAGUGGUCUCUCAUCGGUGCUCAGCUCAAUCGUUUGCCUGAUGAUUGUCGUGAUCGUUGGAGAAAUUACUUAUCUGUCACAAAUUUAGAACUUGGUCCCUGGAAACUUGAGGAGGAAAAUCAGCUCAAGGAUGCUGUCAAAAGGUGUAUCGACCUCGUUCGCGAAGAUAGACGUCGAGAGGGACUACUCACACCUGAGGAGGAGAAGGACGAUACUUAUCACGAACACGAUAUAAGCUGGAUGAAAGUCAGUGAGCUCAUGGAUCUUUCCAGGAGUCAUCUUCAGUGCUAUCGAAAGUGGAAGUCGAUCAAAAAUCGAGAACGAGCUAGUACAGAUGACCUUGUCGCGGAACGUAUUGUAAUCAGCAACAGCUGGAAGAACCUCAAAAGUUAUCAGGAAGCAACCAAGACUCUGGCUGGAGAGAAGUUACAGUUUUUAAAAGCUAUUCGCGAUAGUAAAGCAGGAGCAGAGAGUAAGAUUGAUUGGAGAGCGAUUGAUGAAAAGCUCGAUCGAAACCACGAUGCAAUGGAAAUGAGAAUCUGUCUCCGCGGCUUGGUACAUAAUAUUACAACCCAUGCUAAUAAGACUCUUCAAGAGAAUGUUCAGCUACUCAUCGAAGCAUAUGAGCAAUCAGCACCUCAUGAACCCGAAGGUUAUGUUGACUUGCCUUUUGAAUCGACCGGUCUCAAGAAGAGAACCAGGAAGUCGAAAACCAGUGCUCUAUUUGAGGACAAUCCCGAGCUUUACGACGUCGGUGGUAGUGGCUCCAAGGCCAAGAUGAGACAUCGCAUGCUUAAGACAGAUGAAUCACAAGGAGAUCGCAAUUCUGCCGGCAGCCAGGAGAGCGAGCAAUUCAAUAAUUCUGUUCAAGUUCCUGAUUCGGCAAAGAAGUCCAAACGUGCAGCUCUUGUCAAGAAACCAAUUAAAUCAUUUGCACUGAGCACUGAAAGGGUAGCAGAUAGCGACGUCGAAAAUGACAACGAUGAUGGAGUACCAACCAGUGCGCAGAAGCCUCGAUCUGAAGACGAAGACGAUGAUGAAGAUGUUCAGAAACCACGAUCGAAGACAAAGAAGGCUAGCCAUAAGAAGAGUCAACUGGCGACCAGAACAAAAAUUGUCGAAGAGAGCAGUGAAGAUGAGCCAGAGCGCCAGCCAGAAUCUGAUUCCAACUCAGAUUCUGAGGAUGUUGAAAUGGCUGAUGCACAGUACGACCUGAACGAUAAAUAUCCCAGUAAUGAAACUUCUCAAUCUACUCAAUUUCACCUCGGCAGCAGUGGCUCCAAUGGUAACAAGAAGAACAAGCAUUCCAUCAGCCGUAAGCCAGAUAUACCUCUCGAUGACUCCGUUCACAACUACUCUCCCGUCGACUCCGAUGAAGAUUCUGAAAUGCAAGACCCAGAUGAAUUACAAGUUCCUGCUACACCAGAACAUGAAUUGCAAGAGGGAUAUAGCGAGCUGAGAGAAGAAAGUGCAGACCUCGAUGAGUCUGGUCAAGUUUAUCCAAAUGGUCAAGGCGAUGCCGAGAGUGAUGCAGAUAGUAUCAUGGACGAUAUGUCAGAUAUUCCAGCCAAAGUCAUCAAGAAGAGGGCACCUGGUAUUAAUGGUGAGGGGGGCGUAUAUUUUGGCAGAGAGUCAAGCGUUGACCUCGAUCAAUAA